GUCAAAAACGGAAGACAGAAAUAUUGGCGGGGAAUUAAAACUCUUCCGGCGCAAGGUUUCACAUGUUUAUUUUGUUUCAUUUGACCUAAUUGUGAUUCUGUAAUUUUUAUAAAAGUUUGUUGUAGUUACGGUCGAAAAAUGGCCAAUAGCACGAGAUCAGAAACUUUUCAGCUGGGUGGCGAAAAACGCAGAGACACAAUCGACUGGACGGAGUAUUUCAUGGCGAUGGCUUUUUUGGCUGCAAAGCGAAGCAAAGAUCCCUCGACCCAGGUCGGUGCCUGCAUCGUCAACGAGGACAAACGUGUCGUUGGCAUAGGCUACAAUGGGUUUCCCACUGGCUGCAGUGAUGAUGAAUUCCCAUGGUCAAAAUCAUCGACCGAUCCGCUUGAAACGAAGUACCUGUACGUAUGCCACGCCGAGGUGAACGCAAUUCUCAACAAAAACAGCAGCGACGUAAAGAACUGCACCAUGUACGUGGCCCUAUUUCCGUGCAACGAGUGUGCCAAAAUAAUCAUACAGUCCGCCAUCCGAGAGGUGGUGUACAUGAGCGAUAAGCAUGCCCACAAAGAUCACACGAUCGCUGCGAAAAGAAUGUUCGAUGCCGCCGGAGUAAAGUACACCCAGUACAAACCCCGGCAUAGUCGGAUAGUGAUUGAUUUUACGGAGAUCGACUGGGACAGCUUGAAUCAACUACCGGCAACCCCACAGAAGGGUGACGUGACGAGGAAUGGGCAUGGUGGGGGCAUUUGAAUUUGGCUAAGUUCUCUUUAAAAUGCUACAUCACCCGGAUUGACCAAUCCACCUUAUUUAUUGUGACACUGAAACAGCACACAGUUUUUUUUUUGGCAAUAAAACACCUGGUACUAUCGAA